AUGUCGGAUCAAUCCUACGACAACAUCCCCAGCGCUGCCUCGGUAACCUCUGACGAGCUCGACUCUCUACCCUCCACCUCGGCCAGCACAACCUCCAUCUCGCCCUCGGAAGAAGAAUGGCAGUCUGAUGCCGAAAGAGAGUGGAAGGAGUCAUUACAGCAGCUUGAACUGCUUCUCACAAUGGUCCUUGUGCCCUACUUGGGCAAGUACUUUGGCCGUAAAGCUGCUUAUUGGGGAUGGACCAAAUACAUGGAAUGGAAAUACCCCGUGCAUAUCGAAGUCACGAAUGCGGGACUCUUCAAAGGCAUCGGUGCUGUCGAGGCCGCUGCCUCUCUGUGA